UAAACUCCGUACCGAGUCAAACUACCUCAUCUAAAUUGAAACGGAGGGAAUACUUUUUAUUGUCGUGCAUUUAGGCUAUAAUUAAAGAAUCGGAGAAUAAUUAGAGAACAAACAAGAAAAGGAGAAAUAUUUAUCGUUGACAUCAAGAAAGGGUAGGAUAGAGAAGCAGAAGAAAACCUAAAACAGAAGUAGUAGAAGUAAAAGACGCAGACAGAAGAAGAAAAAGAAGAACAAGUUAUCUUGAAGACGAAAUCAUUAAGAAAGAAGCAAGUCAAGAAGUAUAAGAAGAGUUGUUGCAAACUGUAGAAGAAAAAAAAAUUAAGAGAAAACUGAAACAUACAUAAACAGGAAUCCUAGUACAAAGAUUGCAUAAGACAAUAUUUUAUCUUUUUUGGAGUUUUAACCUUUUAAAGUCAAAUUCAAAGAAGCGAUCGGUUCUAACUUGGAUGGCUUUGUGUGUUCCUUUGAAGCAAGAACUCUCCCUUCGCAUUGCUUCAUCGCUUUAAGAGACAGACUGAUCGCUUCUAAAUAAGUGCUAGUACUUGUGUCGUUUUGUAAUUUUUGCUACCUGAAGCUUUACAUCGAUCUUUAAAUAUACAACAAUUUAAAUGUUUCUGUGGUUUAGAUAACAAAGAGAAGAUGGCAAUCAUAGAAGUUAAUUUAUCUUGGUUGAACUUUCUUGACACAUUUCAGGUGGUUCGGUACCAUUCCCUUGUAAUAGAUCCAAAAUCACUCCCAAAGGAACUCAUUCCCAUAGCUUGGACCUCUACCACUGAGACACUCCCUUUCCAUGGUGUUGGAGAAUCCGAUUCAUUCUUUCAUGCAUCCAAAGAAGCAGAAGAUAUUUUUCAUGGGAUGUCGGAGUUAUCAAGUGAUUCAAAGGAUGUGCAGGGUGGAAAAGUCCUUAUGGGUGUCAUGCAUUCUAGUAGGCCUCACUAUGGAUUGCAGUUCCACCCGGAGAGUGUUGCAACAUAUCAUGGAAGACAGCUUUUCAAGAAUUUCCGGAAAAUCACAGAGGAUUAUUGGCUCAGGUUAACGUCAGCCUGCAUCAAUGAGAGAAGGGUUCAUUAUGCUGCAUGCAUGCAGGUUCCUAAUGUAAGCCUGCUGUCCCAAGGUGCUGCAAGAAAUGGGCAUCUGGUGAAUAAAUCGGUUGAGCGGAGAGCUGUCAAAAUGGAUGAAAUCUUAAAUCUAUCACAUCCGAAGUACAGUGUAAAUUUUUUGAAGAUGACAUGGAAAAAACUAGAUUGCUCUGCCAGCCAAGUUGGUGGAGCGGAAAAUAUUUUCUGUGAACUAUUUGGAGAUCAAAAGGCUAAAAACAGUUUCUGGCUGGAUAGUUCUUCAAUAGAAAAGGUCCUUUCUUCUCCAGCUUGUAGUUUCAGCACCUUACAUGAUUCUUUUUUUUGGUUGUCACUGGAUUUUGGAGCAUGUUUCAAAUUGCAUCGCAUCUGUCAUAUCUUUUGUUCAUUUUGUUAAAGUUUCUUCUUUGUUGCUCCCUCAGGUUCUGUGUC